AUUGAAAGCGUACACUUGUUGGUUCCGCUGUACGCUAUACGCACAAUGCACAAUCGUAUAGAUACAAAUUUGGACGAUUUGUAUACUCUAGUUGUGUCGUUUAUCAGUUAAUCGCUGGAUUCCAAACGAGAACGAAUUUGUUUUGUGUUGCACAGCAAACAGUUAUCAAUCAGUUGGGUUUGUGGUUAUCACGCGUUGCUCAAGUUUUCUUCGCGUAUUGCGUCGUUCAAGUGCUCUGGUGUUUUUAGUGGUCCCUCUGUGUAAUAUAUAAUAUUAUAUACCGAAAAUAUUAUUAUUUAAAUAUAUGAAUUUAACCAAAGCUUAAGAAAUCAAAUUCUUGUGAUAGUGCCAAACUUAAACCUGAAAUUAUACAAAUUAUUUGUGAAUUCACGAGUUGAAAUUGGUUGCGACAGUCCCCGUUUAGAGGUGAUUAAAAGCUUUAAUGCUUGGUGUAAUUACUUGUCAUGUGAUGUGAAGAAGUCUUAUUACAAAAGCAUAUAUGUAAUUGCUUUUAGCUUGUGCGAAAAUAAAACAGUUUUAUACUAUAUUAGUUAAAUAAGACAAAUGUGUUUUUACACAGUAUAUCUUCCGUGCCGAGACGUGCUAAUUUCUAUGCCUAAACAUUAACACUUGAACUAAUAAUACAUAGUAGAAAGAAGAUAAGCAAAACAACUAUUCCAAAUCUGAGAUUUCUACAUUAACUCAAUAAAGUCUUAACUCAAUAUUAUUGGUUAUUCACCGUGUGUACAAAUAUGAAUAGAUUGGGCAGCGUGCGUCCACCGAAACGUUGCAGAAGCGAAAUGGAUACGUCAUCCGCUUCGGAUAUUGUGCUGAUCCAUGGCAACUCACAUCCAGAUCUGGCCAAUAAAGUGGCCGAGCGCAUGGGCAUAAAGAGCGGCGGUUGCUCCGUAUUUCACAAAACGAAUCGCGAGACGAUGGUGGAGAUCGGCGACUCGGUGCGCGGCAAAGACAUCUACAUCAUACAAACUGGUACUAAAGAUGCCAAUAACAACAUCAUGGAACUGCUGAUUAUGGCGUAUGCUUGCAGAACAUCUUCGGCGCGCUCCAUAGUUGGCGUCAUACCAUACCUACCCUACUCGAAACAAUGUAAAAUGCGUAAACGCGGUUGUAUCGUAUCGAAGUUGUUGGCGAAGAUGCUGUGCACCUCCGGCUUAACGCAUAUUAUUACAAUGGAUUUGCACCAAAAAGAGAUACAAGGAUUUUUCGAUAUACCAGUCGAUAAUUUGCGCGCUUCACCAUUUCUGUUGCAAUAUAUACAGGAGAGUAUCCCUGACUAUCGCAAUUCGGUGAUUGUGGCGCGUAAUCCCAACAGCGCCAAGAAGGCGACCUCGUACGCUGAACGAUUGCGGCUCGCCAUAGCAGUCAUACACGGCGAACAGAAGGAGGCCGAAAGUGAUGAGGUCGAUGGCCGCUAUUCGCCGCCCCCCGUGAGCAACAGCAGAGCGCGCACCAUCAGCGUGUCGGUGGGCGUGCCGGAGCACCCACCCAAGGUCAAACCGCCGCUAACCAUUGUGGGCGAUGUCAAGGGACGCAUAGCCAUCAUGGUGGACGAUCUAAUCGACGAUGUGCAGGCUUUCGUUGAUGCGGCCGCGUUGCUGAAGGAGAACGGUGCAUGCAAAAUCUACUUAUUGGCUACACACGGUCUGCUCAGUUCGGAUGCACCCAGACUGAUCGAGGAGUCCUCAAUCGAUGAGGUUGUUGUUACCAAUACCAUUCCACAUGAGAUCCAAAAGCUGCAGUGUCACAAAAUCAAAACGAUUGACAUUUCCAUCCUGAUUGCCGAGGCUAUACGUCGCAUACACAAUAAGGAGUCCAUGUCAUAUCUUUUCCGCAACGUUACGCUGGAGGAUUAAAUGUGUUGCACAGCUUAACCGUUUUUCUAAAGGCAACAUCCCAUGAUGUUGUCCCUCAUAAUUAUGUUCAAACAAUAGUGAUGAUAUCGGUGAUGGUGGACGUUCUUCGUGGAAAAGCGUGCACAAAUCUUUCUUUCAAACACAUUGUAGAACAUUAUCAUUACUGUUACAAUAUGCAUAAUGUAAGACUUUUUUGUUUUAAUUUUCUAAAUUUACCGUCAGUUACUUGCGCAUGUGCGAUUAGUUUAUUAAAACUCUUCAUAACCUUAAAAGUUGCAAAGCUUUGAAGUGAAUUACGAAACCAGCAGAGUUUGCGUUAAAAAUGAGUAAAAUGAAAGAAAUAUAUUUCAAAGAGUCUGGCAUUGAUGACAGUCCCCGUAGUUUCCGAUAUACCAACCCUUUUCUAUUGUAAAUUAAAUUGUAAAUCUAAGAACGUUUUUAUUUCCGCAUUACGGCAAAAUAUCAUUGUACCCCAUUCUCGUAUUGAAUAUUGUGAAUAAAUAAAUAAAACUUAUAUAUGCUAAUUAUAAAUAUUGCGAUUGAAGAUGUUCUCGAGAACAUUGUAGAAAUAAUCAGCUUUAUUUUACUAAUAAACACACACUUCUAAGAAUUGUUGAAAAAUAA